AUGAGCUCUAAACACUCCUCUGACUGGAUUCCUUACAGCACCUUGGAUGAUGAGGGCAGUAAUCUCCGCCAACAGAAGCUAGACAGACAGAGAGCUUUGCUGGAGCAGAAACAGAAGAAGAAACGUCAAGAGCCUCUGAUGGUUCAGUCUAACCUGGACGGACGUUCACGUGCCCGCAGAACCAAGCAGUCAGAGGAACAGGCUCCUCUGGUGGAGUCUUACCUGAGCAGCAACAGUAGUACCAUUUACCACGUGCAAGAAGCCGAACAGGAGGAGGUGAAGGAGGUAGCGGAUACUCAGGCUCCUCGCUCGGCUAAAAAAGCCAAGCCAACCACCUCCACUCCCCAGUCCGGCAGUGCAAAAAAGGAGAAAAAGGGCAAGCACAAAGGAAUUGAUGGUCCGGCUGCCUACCAGGAUGAUGGUCAGGAACUGGGCAGCCAGAUCCAGAUCCUAACAGUGGGCCACUCAUCUUUGGAGGAGGGUGGGAGCGAGGCGAUGAGCAGCACACAGGCACAGGGCAAACAAGACCUGAGGGUCACCAUGCUGAAGAAAGGAAUCUCUAGUAGUAUGAACUUUGAUGAAGAAGAAGACGAUGAAGAUGAAGUCAGUUCCAGCUCCUCUCAGCUCAACAGUAACACACGACCUGGAUCUGCCACCAGCAAGAAGUCCAGUAAGGAGGCUGCCUCAGCAUCCUCACCGCUGGUCAAUGACCCCCCCAUUGAAGUAGACGACCUUGAGGAAUUCACUCUGAGACCUGCUCCCCAGGGCGUCACUGUCAAAUGCAGGAUCACCAGGGACAAGAAAGGCAUGGACCGGGGCAUGUAUCCUACAUACUACCUCCACCUGGAACGGGAAGACGGCAAGAAGGUGUUUCUCUUGGCUGGGAGAAAGAGAAAGAAGAGCAAAACAUCAAAUUACCUCAUCUCCAUCGACCCGACUGAUCUGUCCCGAGGUGGAGAGAGCUUCAUUGGGAAACUAAGGUCAAACCUCAUGGGAACCAAGUUUACUGUGUAUGACAGUGGGGUGAACCCAGUUAAGACGACCUCUAGCUUAGAGACCAGUAACCUGCGUCAGGAGCUGGCAGCUAUCUGCUACGAGACCAAUGUUUUGGGAUUCAAAGGACCACGGAAAAUGAGUGUCAUCAUUCCUGGAAUGAACAUGGAUCAUGAGAGAGUAUCCAUAAGACCACGAAAUGAGCAUGAAUCUCUGCUUGCCCGCUGGCAGAAUAAGAGCACUGAGAGUGUAAUUGAGCUACACAACAAAACACCUGUGUGGAACGACGACACCCAGUCCUAUGUGCUCAACUUCCACGGCAGGGUCACGCAGGCUUCAGUCAAGAAUUUCCAGAUCAUUCACGACAAUGACCCGGACUACAUAGUGAUGCAGUUUGGUCGAGUGGCAGAGGAUGUCUUCACCAUGGACUAUAACUACCCAAUGUGUGCUCUACAGGCCUUUGCCAUUGCUCUGUCUAGUUUUGAUAGCAAGCUGGCAUGUGAGUAA